GGAAAAGGAAAAAAAAAUCGCACAGUCCUCCUGUAAUCGUGAAUCUUAUAUCAUCAGCAGAAAAAGCAAAAAUCCCACGAAUAAAAACUUUAACCCUCCACAAUUCUUUCCUUUUUAAUCCGCAAAAAAAACUAUAUAGAAAUUGAAAAGAACAACAAAAUAUAAAUAAAAAACUGUAAAAACAAAAAAAAAGUGGAAAUUCUUAGGGAGAGAGAGAUGGAAGGGAUUAGAAGUGGAGAGAGAAAGACUGUUCGUUCGUUUGUUCGUAGCAGCUGCUUUAAUCAAUUCCCACAAAAACAACAAUCACAAUCUUCUCCUCUUUUUAAAAUUUUAUUACUACUACAACUCCAACUAUUUUUCUCUUUAUUAUUAUUUUUGCAAAGUUAUAACUAUGUCGAAGAAUACAAAUACUACUACUACCAAUCUUGUUGCUUUAAUUCUUUGUUGCUAUCAUUAUUAUUUAUUAUCGUUAUUUCCCAAAUCUCACCCAAUUCAACUUCUCAACAAGCAAUCUCCUCUUGUUCGUGGAUUACAUCAAUUUCUAGAGAGAGACUACUUUUUCUAGAUAGAGAGAGAAACUGUUUUCUCUCCAGAUUUUUACAAAUUUCGGCUAAUUCUCGAUUUCUCUCUUUAUCUCUUUCUCUUCCUCUUUCUUUAUUCUUUCUUUCUUACCCUAUAUUUUUUCUUCUUUCUUGGGGUUUUUUGUUAUUCUUUGUCAAAAAACCUAAAUUGUGAUUUUCUUAUAAAUUUCGUGUUUUUGGGAAUACCCAAUUCGAUUCGCACGAUUUUCUCAUCUGGGUCAUAGUUGAUUUUUCAAUUUGAGAAGAUUAGAUCUGUUUGAUUUGAUUUUUAGGGUUUUGUUUUUGGUUUGAUUUGGGGGAAUUUGAACAAUGGAGGGUGGGAGUUCUGAUGGAGAGAAGAAACCUCCUGAAAGUGGAGGAGAUCAUGGUGGUGGAGGUGGUAGCGGGGAGCCUAAAGCCAAGAGAAAGAUGAAGACGGCUUCUCAACUUGAAGUUCUUGAGAAAACUUAUCAAGUUGCAGCAUACCCAUCAGAGGCUUUGAGGGCAGAGCUUUCAACCCAAUUAGGGCUAACUGAUAGGCAAUUACAGAUGUGGUUCUGCCAUAGGAGGUUGAAGGAUAGAAAACCGCAGUCGGCAGGUUCAGGAAAGCGGUCUAGGAAGGCGGAGGUAUCACCGGCUUCAGGUGCCGCAGGUGGCCCUUCUGCAGCCGGAACUCCACCGCUCCCGCCGCCGCCUCAUGUGGGGACUAAAGAUGAGAUGAUGGGUGGUGAGUUGGGGAAUGAGCAUGGGUCAGGUUCAGGGUCUGGUUCUAGCCCAUAUGGGCAUAUGGACCCUCGGCGGGCUUAUGUGGGUCGCCCUGGGGUUGCUGUGCCUAGAAUUAGUGGGCAUGGGAGGUACUAUGAGAAUCCUCAAUCAGUGGCCGAACUUCGAGCUAUUGCAUUUGUGGAAGCACAGCUUGGGGAGCCACUUCGAGAGGAUGGCCCUGCUCUUGGGAUGGAGUUUGAUCCUUUGCCUCCUGGUGCUUUUGGAACCCCCAUUGCUACGUCAAUGGCACCACAAAAGCCAACUGGACGAACAUAUGAGGCUGCUUUGUAUGAGCGUCCGGAUGCUAAAUCUGUUAAGCAGGCUCCUAGUAGAGCUCUACAUGAAUACCAGUUUCUUCCAGAGCAGCCAACUGUAAGAAGUGAAUCUUAUGAAAGAGUGGCUCAACCUCACUACUAUGGCUCACCUUCUGAUGGACCAGGAACCAAGACUCCUCCACUAUCUAGUGGACGCUCGUAUAUUCAUGGUUAUGAAGAAGUGCCUGUGUCAUAUGGUGUUCCGAAUCAGAUGCCUAGUCUGAACUUGAUGUCUCAGCAGGGAAAGGUGGGUGGCCUCAUGCCGUCUACUUCAGGAGACUGUGAAGCCAAUGCACGGAAGUCUCCCUAUAUGAAUAUGGGAAUGGAAUCACCUUUUAGUGCACACACAAUCUCAGGACUGGAUAGUACGCUUAUGCCAUCUGAGAGGCGUGUUUCUCAAGAAGAGGAUGCUGGGAGGGUGGAGAGGAAGCGCAAGAAUGAAGAAGCAAGAGUAGCUAAGGAAAUUGAAGCUCAUGAAAAAAAAAUGCGGAAAGAAUUAGAAAGGCAAGAUAUACUGAGGAGGAAGAGAGAAGAACAAAUGAGGAAGGAUAUGGAGAGGCAAGAUCGUGAACGAAGGAAAGAAGAGGAGAGGUUGUUGCGUGAAAAGCAGCGGGAAGAGGAACGAUAUCAGAGGGAGCAAAAGCGCGAAAUGGAACGGAAAGAAAAGUUUUUGUUGAAAGAGUCAAUUAGAGCUGAGAAAAUGAGGCAAAAAGAAGAACUCCGUAGAGAAAGAGAAGCAGCUAGACAGAAAGCUGCUAAUGAUAGAGCUGUUGCCAGAAGACUUGCCAAAGAAUCAACAGAGCUUAUUGAAGAUGAGAGAUUGGAGUUAAUGGAGAUAGCCGCUUCAAAAAAGAGCUUGACAUCUAUCUUGGCACUUGACAGUGAAACUUUGCAAAAUCUUGAUUCAUAUAGAGAUAUGCUGCAGACAUUCCCUCCAAAGUCUGUGCAGCUGAAGAAGCCAUUUGCAACACGACCAUGGAUGGGUUCUGAAGACAAUGUGGGAAAUCUUUUGAUGGUUUGGAGAUUUUUAAUUACAUUUGCUGAUGUUCUUGGAUUGUGGCCAUUUACUCUUGAUGAAUUCGUACAAGCUUUCCAUGAUUAUGAUCCUCGGUUAUUGGGAGAAAUGCACUUAGCUCUUCUGAGAACCAUCAUUAAGGAUAUCGAGGAUGUAGCUAGAACACCUUCCACUGGGCUGGGUGUCAACCAAAACAGUGUGGCUAAUCCUGUUGGUGGACAUCCUCAAAUAGUUGAAGGGGCAUAUGCAUGGGGCUUUGAUAUACGCAGCUGGCAGUGCAACUUAAGCCCAUUGACAUGGCCAGAAAUUCUGCGGCAGUUUGCUCUGUCUGCAGGUUUCGGGCCAAAACUGAAAAAAAGAAAUGUUGAGCAGUCAUAUUCUCGUGAAGAGAAUGAGGGUAAUGAUGGUAUUGACAUAAUAUCCAAUCUACGUACUGGAGCAGCAGUCGAAAAUGCCGUUUCUAUUAUGCGAGAAAGGGGUUACUCUAAUCCUCGCAGGUCAAGGCACAGACUGACCCCUGGCACAGUUAAAUUUGCAGCUUUUCAUGUUCUGUCCCUUGAGGGAGGUGAUGGGCUAAAUAUACUAGAAGUUGCUGAUAGGAUACAGAAAUCUGGACUUCGUGACCUAACAACAAGCAAGACACCUGAAGCAUCAAUUGCCGCAGCAUUAUCCAGGGAUACAAAACUUUUUGAAAGAACUGCACCUUCAACAUAUUGUGUGCGUUCCCCCUAUAGGAAGGAUCCUGUUGAUGCAGAAGCCAUUUUAUCUACUGCCAGGGAAAAAAUUCGAGUAUUUAAAAGUGGAUUUUCAGAUGAAGUUGAGGCAGAUGUUGAUGGGAUGGAGGCUGAUGAUGCUGAGAAAGAUGAAGACUCUGAAAGUGAUAUAGCUGAAGAUCCUGAGAUUGAUGAUUUGGGUACUGAGCUAACACUGAACAAAGAGGCAAAUCCUCUUUAUGACAGGAAUAUUUGUGUACCCAAAGUUGGGUCAGACAAUGGAAGUGGGGAUUUGCAUUCACGUGUUGAUAAAGCACCUAAUGGACUUGCAAAUGCUGGUGAUGUUUUGUCUUUAGCUCAUUUGGAAAGCUUUGAGGAGCUGAAUGAUAAUGGAUGUCUUGUUGAGGAAUCUAUGGAUGUUGAUGGAAUUUUCCGAGAGGGAAAUGAUACUGACCAUGAAGAUACAGAUAUUGAUGAAAGCUUCCCUGGCGAACCUUGGGUUCAAGGACUUAUGGAGGGUGAAUACUCUAAUCUUAGUGUUGAAGAGCGCCUCAAUGCUUUGGUCGCCCUUAUUGGUGUGGCUAAUGAGGGAAACACAAUUCGAGUUGUUCUAGAGGAGCGUUUGGAAGCAGCGACUGCUCUGAAAAAGCAAAUGUGGGCCGAAGCUCAACUGGACAAGCGCCGGUUGAAAGAGGAAUAUCUCAUGAAGACCCCUUAUGCAGGAUUUACCCCAAACAAGGCAGAACUAAAUACGAUGACAUCUGCACCUGAUAGUAGGCAAAGUCCUAUGCUUGUAUUGGAUGAGAAUAAUAAUGAGGCAAUGGUGAAUCUUGCAAUGCAGCAUAAGCCGUUUCAUGAUUCACAUAAUGAUAAUAAUUUACAUGCAGACCUUUCUUCUGAUAAGAAUUUGGCAACACCAAAUUCCGUUGCGGGUUCGGACAAUCUUGCUUUGCAGCAAUCUGUAUAUGCUGCUGAGAGGUGUCGAGCUCAGUUGAAGUCCUACAUCGGACAUAAAGCUGAGGAAAUGUAUGUAUAUAGGUCAUUGCCUCUUGGUCAGGAUCGUCGACGAAACAGAUACUGGCAGUUUAUUGCAUCUGCUUCUUGUAAUGAUCCUGGUGCUGGCAGGAUAUUUGUGGAAUUGCAUAAUGGUGGCUGGAGGCUUAUUGAUUCUGAACAGGGUUUUGAUGCUCUCUUAGCUUCGAUGGAUGUACGUGGGGUCAGGGAAUCUCAUUUGCAUGCAUUGUUGCGGAAGGUUGAGCCUCUCUUUAAGGAGUCUGUUAGAAAGAAUAUUAGCACGAAUAGACAGAACGAUUCCAUUAAAGCUGAAGCUUCUGAAGUACCUUUUAACCCUGAAAGCAGUGGUGGUACAGAUAGCCCUAGUAGUACUGUUUGUGCUUCAAAUUCUGAAAUGCCAGAGCCCUCAUCGUCGUUUAAGAUUGAGAGUGGUAGAAACAAUAUUGAAAUAAAGAAUGCUUUUAGAAGGUAUAAACAUUUUGAAGAGUGGAUGUGGAGAGAAUGUUUCUCUUCCUCACUUUUAUGUGCCACCAAGUAUGGGAAAAAGAGGUGCAUGGAGUUGGUGUGCAGAUGUGAUUCUUGUCAUGCUCUUUACUUUUUUGAGGACAAUCACUGCACUAGCUGUCAUAAAACUUACACUGCAUUGGACAAUAGCUUUAAUUUCUCUGAGCACAUAGCUCAGUGUCAGGAGAUUAAGGUUAAUUUUGAAUGGAACCUCCAGCAUCUAGAAUGUCCUCCUCCAAGGAUAAGAUUGAUAAAGGCUUUCUUAGCUCUAGUAGAGGUUUGCAUCCCUGUAGAAGCCCUUCAACCUGUUUGGUCAGAAACCUAUAGAAAAUCCUGGGGUAUGAAGCUACAUAUGUCGUCAUCCGCAGAAGACCUUCUUCAGGUCCUGACACUCCUAGAAGGAGCGAUAAAGAGGGAUUUCUUGUCGUCAAAUUUCCAGACCACUGCCGAACUAUUGGCUUCUGGUAAUGCUGUUGGCUAUGUUGUCAAUGAUGCCUCCAAUUUUGGGACCGUGACUAUGCUUCCAUGGAUACCCCAAACUACUUUUGCAGUGGCACUACGACUCAUGGAACUUGAUUCUGCAGUUUCAUACCUGCCAGAUCAGAAAGCAAAGGAUACAGAGCCUAGGCACUUUUUGAAUCUUCCUUCCAAGUACACUGUUGUGAGAAAUGUCCAAGAGGAUGAGCUUGCCGGUCCUCUAGGUGAGCAUCAACAGGAAGAUGCGUGGCUUGACCGAGGAGGUGAUAUUGGCUUUGCUUCCAUACGUAGUAGUCGUGGGCGGGGACGUGGGCGAACCCGUGGUGGAAGAUCUCAGAGGGUGGUUGGUUCCCGAGGUGGUGACCGAAGAAGUCUAGCCUCCAAUGAGAAACUUGGUGAGGUACUUGGAGGAUGGAAAGGCCGCAGUACUCGUGGCAAAGGAGGGCGUAAGCGUGGUCGUCGCUCAGUCAGAAAAAGGCAAAAAUCUGUCAAGAAGGCGCCAGCUUCUGUUAGUGGUGCAAGGGGUCUGCCGGAGCCAAUUAUCUUCGAUAAAUCUCCUCCUGGAUUCUCCACGAGGGAUGAAUGGAAUGGCGAAGAAAGUAGACAAAUGCAAGUGGAUGAGGUUGAUGUCAAUGAUGAUAGCAACUCAGAGAGAUCAGAUUACGAUGAUGAUGAGAAUGGCCAAGCUUCAGGGGAUGAGUAUGAUGACAUGGCCAUUGAUCACUAUGCUGCUGUCUAUAAUGGCAGGCCUACUCAUUUAAGUGACUAUAACAUUGAUGAUGUUGAUGAAGAGGAUGUUGAUCCUGAUGAUGUUGUAGAUGAUGAUGUGGACGAAGAUGAUGUGGAUGUUGGUGGUGAGUAUGAACAAGGUGAUUUAGACGUUGGAGGAUAUUUGAAUGCGGAUUCAGAUGAUGAGAUUGAGGAGAAUGAAGAAGAAGAUAUGGGUGGAAUGCGUGAUGGGGAUCAAGAUGACACUUCUGAAUCUGGAUCAACUGAUUAUAGUAGUGAUUAGAUUAAGGCUAACAAUAUUAUUAGCUCCAAGGAAAUGUUUUUUGGCGAAUGUAUUAUGUAAGGUACAGAGAUCUAAUUAGUCUUUUUUGUUUCUGUAAAUGUGGCGUAGUUUAGUAACAACCGAACCCCAUCUGGUCGUAAUGUAGACUAGAUGUAGCUAUAAAUCACAAGGGGUUAAUCCCAAUUGUAACAAUUAUAAGUAUCUCUGCAGAAUUUCAGCUGGAUUUAGUGCAUCAGAAUUUUGCCCUCCUAUAUAGAUCUGUUUUUACAGGUCC